AUGCCACAGGUGGAAGCGUAUGAUAGUUCACGGGACCUGCUCGACCAUUUGGAGUCUUUCGAAACUCUUAUGCACUUGCAAGGAGUUCCGGAUGAAAUCAUGUGUUGGGCAUUCCCCACCACGCUUAAGGGACAAGCAAGGGUAUGGUUCAACAAGCUAGCCCCCAAUACCUUAUCCACUUUCAAGGAAUUGAGUGGGCAUUUCGUCACCCACUUUAUCGGAGGCCAGAGGUACAAGAGGUCCUUGGCGAGCUUGUUGAACAUCAAACAACAAGACGAUGAGAGCUUGAGGUCAUACGUGACUCACUUCAAUAAAGAAGCCCUAUUAAUUGAUGAGGCCAACGAUGGACUCCAAUUAGGAGAGUUCCUUUUCUCCAUAUACAAGAACAACUCAAAAAUGAUGGUCGACAUGUUAUACAAGGCUACCAAGUACAUGAACACAGAAGACGCCAUGAUUGUCUGA